GAGCGUGGCUAUACAGAUGGCGCUGCAACGUGAGUGUCCGAGGUGGCCGGCACUCCCAUCACUCAGUCAGUCAGUCAGGCGGUGAGUCGACCAGCUGUUCGUGUGUCCAGUCUCUGAGGUUCUGCAGCAGACGGUUGAUUGCAAUCUUGAUGAUGGCGAGCAACGAGGUGAGCGCCGAGUGGCCCGCCUUCCCGACGCGCCUGAUGGCCCUGCCCGCCGUCAGCGAGGCCUGUGACCUCGCCCUGCACCUGUACAGCAUGUCCAAGGAGUACCGGGUGGUAGGCAUGGCACUGGGCGUGGCGGAGAGCACCCUGAAGUCGGCGGCGACGGUGGCCGUGCCCAUGACGACGCCGCUGCUAGGCUACGUGGAGCGCCUCAAGCCCCUGGACGACUGGGCGUGCUUGUGGCUGGACGCCGUGGAAAAGAUGAUGCCCGCCAUCAACAAGCCCACGGGGGAGAUGCGGAGCGCCACCCGGCAAGGCGUGCUCGUGACAGUGGCCGGCGGGGACGAGCCUCCAGCCACCCUCGCUGCCGCCCUCUCCACCCGCGCCUGCCGCAUCGCGACGUCCGUGAAGGAGCAGACUGUAGCAAUUAGUAUCAGCGUGCCCCACCGUCUGCUGGACACCGCUCACUCCCUGCUGGACCACUACCUGCCCGAGGAAAGAAUCACGAAGCAGCAGCCUGUCGAGCGCCAGGACGGCAUGGUGGUGAAGACUGUUGCCCUGGCCACCAAGACCUCCCGCCGCCUCUGCUGCGCCGCCCACGACCGCCUACACGCCUCCUGUCCCCUCGAUCCGACGCCCUCCCAUCUGGUGAUGGAGUGCUUGCAGAUGAUAAGCCGAAAGUGCCCCGGGAGGCUUGUCUGGGGUUGGCAGCAGCAGCAGCCGGUGGUGAUGUUGGUGUUGAUCUUGCUGCCCCUGAGGCUGACCUGGGCCACCGCACGCAUCCUCCUGGGCGCCGUCACGAUACUCGCCGAAGAGCUCAGCGCCACGUGGAUGAAACUGAAGCCCCUUGGCCAGGCUACGGUGGAGCAGGAGAAUGGCGAGAAGCAUUGUGGCCUGGCUGCGAUGGAGCAAAAGAAUGGCGAGCGGGCCCACACAGAUUAAUCUAUCUUCGGAAUAUAUAAUAAUAAAAUUUAAUGUAUAGAAAAGUUCAUUAGUGUAAUUUAUGUAAAAGUUCAUUAGUAUUUAUGAUUUUCCAACCUGAAUCGGAUUAGUCUACUGUUUGUAAAAAAAAAAAGGCAAUUUCUAAUAUUAAAUAUUGCAACAGUCCCAUGUCCAUGUUCUAAUCCGGCUGGUGGGACAAAUACAAAGAUAUGUACAGGAGUUAAGGGAUGCACGGUCUGUAGUGUAUACACAUGUUUUGUUCCUCGUUGUUUGUAUUUGGGGUUAUAUCCUCGAGAACAAAAGUUUAGUCAUAAAGAUUCGAUAACCA